AUGUCGUCUGAUCGACGGGGAGCACAGACACGAAUCGUCAAGAUUUCCACGCACGUCGCGCCAACAUUGAGCUACAGGUUCGAUGUGUUCUUGAGCUUCCGAGGGCCCGACUGUCGCUACACAAUAGCGGAUGUCAUCUACGAAAGCUUAGUUGAAGCCAGAAUUAGAGUGUUCAGAGACAAAGAAGAGCUUCCCGUAGGCAGGAAAAUUGGACCAGAGCUCGAGCGCGCAAUCGACGGGUCAAGGAUCCACAUGCCCAUCUUCUCGAAAGACUACGCGUCCAGUCCGUGGUGCCUUCAGGAGCUCGCACGCAUGGUGAAGCGCCAGAGAGAAUCCGCGGGACACGAAAUCGUGCCCGUAUUCUACGGCGUGAGUCCUUCGGACGUCAGGCACAAAAGCGGUUCGUACGGCGAGGAACUGCUUUGGCACGGGGGGUUAUACGGCGAGGAAAGGGUGCGAGAGUGGGGGGAGGCUCUAACGGAGGCCGCAGGUUUUAAAGGAUGGGACGCAAGAAACAUGGGGUAA